AUGGGAAAAACGCCAGCGUGGCCAAGCCGCCAGCGUGGCCAAGCCGCCAGCGUGGCCAAGCCGCCAGCGUGGCCAAGCCGCCAGCGUGGCCAAGCCGCCAGCGUGGCCAAGCCGCAAGCGUGGCCAAGCCGCCAGCGUGGCCAAGCCGCCAGCGUGGCCAAGCCGCCAGCGUGGCCAAGCCACCAGCGUGGCCAAGCCACCAGCGUGGCCAAGCCGCCAGCGUGGCCAAGCCGCCAGCGUGGCCAAGCCGCCAGCGUGGCCAAGCCGCCAGCGUGGCCAAGCCGCCAGCGUGACCAAGCCGCCAGCGUGGCCAAGCCGCCAGCGUGGCCAAGCCGCCAGCGUGGCCAAGCCGCCAGCGUGGCCAAGCCGCCAGCGUGGCCAAGCCGCCAGCGUGGCCAAGCCGCCAGCGUGGGAAAGCCGCCAGCGAGCGUGGGAAAGCCGCCAGCGAGCGUGGGAAAGCCGCCAGCGAGCGUGGGAAAGCCGCCAGCGUGGGAAAGCCGCCAGCGUGGGAAAGCCGCCAGCGUGGGAAAGCCGCCAGCGUGGGAAAGCCGCCAGCGUGGGAAAGCCGCCAGCGUGGGAAAGCCGCCAGCGAGCGUGGGAAAGCCGCCAGCGAGCGUGGGAAAGCCGCCAGCGAGCGUGGGAAAGCCGCCAGCGAGCGCGGGAAAGCCGCCAGCGAGCGCGGGAAAGCCGCCAGCGAGCGGGGGAAAGCCGCCAGCGAGCGCGGGAAAGCCGCCAGCGAGCGCGGGAAAGCCGCCAGUAUGGGAAAGCCGCCAGUAUGGGAAAGCCGCAAAUAUAUGGGAAAAACGCCAGCGUGGCCAAGCUGCCAGCGUGGCCAAGCCGCCAGCGUGGCCAAGCCGCCAGCGUGGCCAAGCCGCCAGCGUGGCCAAGCCGCCAGCGUGGCCAAGCCGCCAGCGUGGCCAAGCCGCCAGCGUGGCCAAGCCGCCAGCGUGGCCAAGCCGCCAGCGUGGCCAAGCCGCCAGCGUGGCCAAGCCGCCAGCGUGGCCAAGCCGCCAGCGUGGCCAAGCCGCCAGCGUGGCCAAGCCGCCAGCGUGGCCAAGCCGCCAGCGUGGCCAAGCCGCCAGCGUGGCCAAGGCGCCAGCGUGGCCAAGCCGCCAGCGUGGCCAAGGCGCCAGCGUGGCCAAGCCGCCAGCGUGGACAAGGCGCCAGCGUGGCCAAGGCGCCAGCGUGGCCAAGGCGCCAGCGUGGACAAGGCGCCAGCGUGGCCAAGGCGCCAGCGUGGCCAAGGCGCCAGCGUGGCCAAGGCGCCAGCGUGGGAAAGCCGCCAGCGAGCGUGGGAAAGCCGCCAGCGAGCGUGGGAAAGCCGCCAGCGAGCGUGGGAAAGCCGCCAGCGAGCGUGGGAAAGCCGCCAGCGAGCGCGGGAAAGCCGCCAGCGAGCGCGGGAAAGCCGCCAGCGAGCGCGGGAAAGCCGCCAGCGAGCGCGGGAAAGCCGCCAGCGAGCGCGGGAAAGCCGCCAAUAUAUGGGAAAAACGCCAGCGUGGCCAAGCCGCCAGCGUGGCCAAGCCGCCAGCGUGGCCAAGCCGCCAGCGUGGCCAAGCCGCCAGCGUGGCCAAGCCGCCAGCGUGGCCAAGCCGCCAGCGUGGCCAAGCCGCCAGCGUGGCCAAGCCGCCAGCGUGGCCAAGCCGCCAGCGUGGCCAAGCCGCCAGCGUGGCCAAGCCGCCAGCGUGGCCAAGCCGCCAGCGUGGCCAAGCCGCCAGCGUGGCCAAGCCGCCAGCGUGGCCAAGCCGCCAGCGUGGCCAAGCCGCCAGCGUGGCCAAGCCGCCAGCGUGGCCAAGCCGCCAGCGUGGCCAAGCCGCCAGCGUGGCCAAGCCGCCAGCGUGGCCAAGCCGCCAGCGUGGCCAAGCCGCCAGCGUGGCCAAGCCGCCAGCGUGGCCAAGCCGCCAGCGUGGCCAAGCCGCCAGCGUGGCCAAGCCGCCAGCGUGGCCAAGCCGCCAGCGUGGGAAAGCCGCCAGCGAGCGUGGGAAAGCCGCCAGCGAGCGUGGGAAAGCCGCCAGCGAGCGUGGGAAAGCCGCCAGCGUGGGAAAGCCGCCAGCGUGGGAAAGCCGCCAGCGUGGGAAAGCCGCCAGCGUGGGAAAGCCGCCAGCGUGGGAAAGCCGCCAGCGUGGGAAAGCCGCCAGCGUGGGAAAGCCGCCAGCGAGCGUGGGAAAGCCGCCAGCGAGCGUGGGAAAGCCGCCAGCGAGCGUGGGAAAGCCGCCAGCGUGGGAAAGCCGCCAGCGUGGGAAAGCCGCCAGCGUGGGAAAGCCGCCAGCGUGGGAAAGCCGCCAGCGUGGGAAAGCCGCCAGCGUGGGAAAGCCGCCAGCGAGCGUGGGAAAGCCGCCAGCGAGCGUGGGAAAGCCGCCAGCGAGCGUGGGAAAGCCGCCAGCGAGCGCGGGAAAGCCGCCAGCGAGCGGGGGAAAGCCGCCAGCGAGCGCGGGAAAGCCGCCAGCGAGCGCGGGAAAGCCGCCAGUAUGGGAAAGCCGCCAGUAUGGGAAAGCCGCAAAUAUAUGGGAAAAACGCCAGCGUGGCCAAGCUGCCAGCGUGGCCAAGCCGCCAGCGUGGCCAAGCCGCCAGCGUGGCCAAGCCGCCAGCGUGGCCAAGCCGCCAGCGUGGCCAAGCCGCCAGCGUGGCCAAGCCGCCAGCGUGGCCAAGCCGCCAGCGUGGCCAAGCCGCCAGCGUGGCCAAGCCGCCAGCGUGGCCAAGCCGCCAGCGUGGCCAAGCCGCCAGCGUGGCCAAGCCGCCAGCGUGGCCAAGCCGCCAGCGUGGCCAAGGCGCCAGCGUGGCCAAGGCGCCAGCGUGGCCAAGCCGCCAGCGUGGCCAAGGCGCCAGCGUGGCCAAGCCGCCAGCGUGGCCAAGGCGCCAGCGUGGACAAGGCGCCAGCGUGGCCAAGGCGCCAGCGUGGCCAAGGCGCCAGCGUGGACAAGGCGCCAGCGUGGCCAAGGCGCCAGCGUGGCCAAGGCGCCAGCGUGGCCAAGGCGCCAGCGUGGGAAAGCCGCCAGCGAGCGUGGGAAAGCCGCCAGCGAGCGUGGGAAAGCCGCCAGCGAGCGUGGGAAAGCCGCCAGCGAGCGUGGGAAAGCCGCCAGCGAGCGCGGGAAAGCCGCCAGCGAGCGCGGGAAAGCCGCCAGCGAGCGCGGGAAAGCCGCCAGCGAGCGCGGGAAAGCCGCCAGCGAGCGCGGGAAAGCCGCCACGUGGCCAAGCCGCCAGCGUGGCCAAGCCGCCAGCGUGGCCAAGCCGCCAGCGUGGCCAAGCCGCCAGCGUGGCCAAGCCGCCAGCGUGGCCAAGCCGCCAGCGUGGCCAAGCCGCCAGCGUGGCCAAGCCGCCAGCGUGGCCAAGCCGCAAGCGUGGCCAAGCCGCCAGCGUGGCCAAGCCGCCAGCGUGGCCAAGCCGCCAGCGUGGCCAAGCCGCCAGCGUGGCCAAGCCGCCAGCGUGGCCAAGCCGCCAGCGUGGCCAAGCCGCCAGCGUGGCCAAGCCGCCAGCGUGGCCAAGCCGCCAGCGUGGCCAAGCCGCCAGCGUGGCCAAGCCGCCAGCGUGGCCAAGCCGCCAGCGUGGCCAAGCCGCCAGCGUGGCCAAGCCGCCAGCGUGGCCAAGCCGCCAGCGUGGCCAAGCCGCCAGCGUGGCCAAGCCGCCAGCGUGGGAAAGCCGCCAGCGAGCGUGGGAAAGCCGCCAGCGAGCGUGGGAAAGCCGCCAGCGAGCGUGGGAAAGCCGCCAGCGAGCGUGGGAAAGCCGCCAGCGUGGGAAAGCCGCCAGCGUGGGAAAGCCGCCAGCGUGGGAAAGCCGCCAGCGUGGGAAAGCCGCCAGCGUGGGAAAGCCGCCAGCGAGCGUGGGAAAGCCGCCAGCGAGCGUGGGAAAGCCGCCAGCGAGCGUGGGAAAGCCGCCAGCGAGCGCGGGAAAGCCGCCAGCGAGCGGGGGAAAGCCGCCAGCGAGCGCGGGAAAGCCGCCAGCGAGCGCGGGAAAGCCGCCAGCGAGCGCGGGAAAGCCGCCAGUAUGGGAAAGCCGCAACGUGGCCAAGCCGCCAGCGUGGCCAAGCCGCCAGCGUGGCCAAGCCGCCAGCGUGGCCAAGCCGCCAGCGUGGCCAAGCCGCCAGCGUGGCCAAGCCGCCAGCGUGGCCAAGCCGCCAGCGUGGCCAAGCCGCCAGCGUGGCCAAGCCGCCAGCGUGGCCAAGCCGCCAGCGUGGCCAAGCCGCCAGCGUGGCCAAGCCGCCAGCGUGGCCAAGCCGCCAGCGUGGCCAAGCCGCCAGCGUGGCCAAGCCGCCAGCGUGGCCAAGGCGCCAGCGUGGCCAAGGCGCCAGCGUGGCCAAGCCGCCAGCGUGGCCAAGCCGCCAGCGUGGCCAAGGCGCCAGCGUGGACAAGGCGCCAGCGUGGCCAAGGCGCCAGCGUGGCCAAGGCGCCAGCGUGGACAAGGCGCCAGCGUGGCCAAGGCGCCAGCGUGGCCAAGGCGCCAGCGUGGCCAAGGCGCCAGCGUGGGAAAGCCGCCAGCGAGCGUGGGAAAGCCGCCAGCGAGCGUGGGAAAGCCGCCAGCGAGCGUGGGAAAGCCGCCAGCGAGCGUGGGAAAGCCGCCAGCGAGCGCGGGAAAGCCGCCAGCGAGCGCGGGAAAGCCGCCAGCGAGCGCGGGAAAGCCGCCAGCGAGCGCGGGAAAGCCGCCAAUAUAUGGGAAAAACGCCAGUGUGGCCAAGCCGCCAGCGUGGCCAAGCCGCCAGCGUGGCCAAGCCGCCAGCGUGGCCAAGCCGCCAGCGUGGCCAAGCCGCCAGCGUGGCCAAGCCGCCAGCGUGGCCAAGCCGCCAGCGUGGCCAAGCCGCCAGCGUGGCCAAGCCGCCAGCGUGGCCAAGCCGCCAGCGUGGCCAAGCCGCCAGCGUGGCCAAGCCGCCAGCGUGGCCAAGCCGCCAGCGUGGCCAAGACGCCAGCGUGGCCAAGCCGUCAGCGUGGCCAAGCCGCCAGCGUGGCCAAGCCGCCAGCGUGGCCAAGCCGCCAGCGUGGCCAAGCCGCCAGCGUGGCCAAGGCGCCAGCGUGGGCAAGGCGCCAGCGUGGCCAAGGCGCCAGCGUGGCCAAGGCGCCAGCGUGGCCAAGGCGCCAGCGUGGCCAAGGCGCCAGCGUGGCCAAGGCGCCAGCGUGGCCAAGGCGCCAGCAUGGGAAAGCCGCCAGCGAGCGUGGGAAAGCCGCCAGCGAGCGUGGGAAAGCCGCCAGCGUGGGAAAGCCGCCAGCGAGUGUGGGAAAGCCGCCAGCGAGCGUGGGAAAGCCGCCAGUGUGGGAAAGCCGCCAGCGUGGGAAAGCCGCAAAUAUAUGGGAAAAACGCCAGCGUAGCCAAGCCGCCAGCGUGGCCAAGCCGCCAGCGUGGCCAAGCCGCCAGCGUGGCCAAGCCGCCAGCGUGGCCAAGCCGCCAGCGUGGCCAAGCCGCCAGCGUGGCCAAGCCGCCAGCGUGGCCAAGCCGCCAGCGUGGCCAAGCCGCCAGCGUGGCCAAGCCGCCAGCGUGGCCAAGCCGCCAGCGUGGCCAAGCCGCCAGCGUGGCCAAGCCGCCAGCGUGGCCAAGCCGCCAGCGUGGCCAAGCCGCCAGCGUGGCCAAGCCGCCAGCGUGGCCAAGCCGCCAGCGUGGGAAAGCCGCCAGCGUGGGAAAGCCGCCAGCGUGGGAAAGCCGCCAGCGUGGGAAAGCCGCCAGCGUGGGAAAGCCGCCAGCGUGGGAAAGCCGCCAGCGUGGGAAAGCCGCCAGCGUGGGAAAGCCGCCAGCGUGGGAAAGCCGCCAGCGUGGGAAAGCCGCCAGCGUGGGAAAGCCGCCAGCGUGGGAAAGCCGCCAGCGUGGGAAAGCCGCCAGCGUGGGAAAGCCGCCAGCGUGGGAAAGCCGCCAGCGUGGGAAAGCCGCCAGCGUGGGAAAGCCGCCAGCGUGGGAAAGCCGCCAGCGUGGGAAAGCCGCCAGCGUGGGAAAGCCGCCAGCGUGGGAAAGCCGCCAGCGUGGGAAAGCCGCCAGCGUGGGAAAGCCGCCAGCGUGGGAAAGCCGCCAGCGUGGGAAAGCCGCCAGCGUGGGAAAGCCGCCAGCGUGGGAAAGCCGCCAGCGUGGGAAAGCCGCCAGCGUGGGAAAGCCGCCAGCGUGGGAGAGCCGCCAGCGUGGGAGAGCCGCCAGCGUGGGAGAGCCGCCAGCGUGGGAGAGCCGCCGGCGUGGGAGAGCCGCCGGCGUGGGAGAGCCGCCGGCGUGGGAGAGCCGCCGGCGUGGGAGAGCCGCCGGCGUGGGAGAGCCGCCGGCGUGGGAGAGCCGCCGGCGUGGGAGAGCCGCCGGCGUGGGAGAGCCGCCAGCGUGGGAGAGCCGCAAAUGUGGGAGAGCCGCAAAUCGUGGAUAAGCCGCCAGCGUGGGAAAGCUGCCAGCGAGCGCGGGAAAGCCGCCAGCGAGCGCGGGAAAGCCGCCAGCGAGCGCGGGAAAGCCGCCAGCGAGCGAGGGAAAGCCGCCAGCGAGCGCCUGAAAGCCGCCAGCGAGCGCGGGAAAGCCGCCAGCGAGCGCGGGAAAGCCGCCAGCGAGCGCGGGAAAGCCGCCAGCGAGCGCGGGAAAGCCGCCAGCGAGCGCGGGAAAGCCGCCAGCGUGGCCAAGCCGCCAGCGUGGCCAAGCCGCCAGCGUGGCCAAGCCGCCAGCGUAGCCAAGCCGCCAGCGUGGCCAAGCCGCCAGCGUGGCCAAGCCGCCAGCGUGGCCAAGCCGCCAGCGUGGCCAAGCCGCCAGCGUGGCCAAGCCGCCAGCGUGGCCAAGCCGCCAGCGUGGCCAAGCCGCCAGCGUGGCCAAGCCGCCAGCGUGGCCAAGCCGCCAGCGUGGCCAAGCCGCCAGCGUGGCCAAGCCGCCAGCGUGGCCAAGCCGCCAGCGUGGCCAAGCCGCCAGCGUGGCCAAGCCGCCAGCGUGGCCAAGCCGCCAGCGUGGCCAAGCCGCCAGCGUGGCCAAGCCGCCAGCGUGGCCAAGCCGCCAGCGUGGCCAAGCCGCCAGCGUGGCCAAGCCGCCAGCGUGGCCAAGCCGCCAGCGUGGCCAAGCCGCCAGCGUGGCCAAGCCGCCAGCGUGGCCAAGCCGCCAGCGUGGCCAAGCCGCCAGCGUGGCCAAGCCGCCAGCGUGGCCAAGCCGCCAGCGUGGCCAAGCCGCCAGCGUGGCCAAGCCGCCAGCGUGGGAAAGCCGCCAGCGUGGGAAAGCCGCCAGCGUGGGAAAGCCGCCAGCGUGGGAAAGCCGCCAGCGUGGGAAAGCCGCCAGCGUGGGAAAGCCGCCAGCGUGGGAAAGCCGCCAGCGUGGGAAAGCCGCCAGCGUGGGAAAGCCGCCAGCGUGGGAAAGCCGCCAGCGUGGGAAAGCCGCCAGCGUGGGAAAGCCGCCAGCGUGGGAAAGCCGCCAGCGUGGGAAAGCCGCCAGCGUGGGAAAGCCGCCAGCGUGGGAAAGCCGCCAGCGUGGGAAAGCCGCCAGCGUGGGAAAGCCGCCAGCGUGGGAAAGCCGCCAGCGUGGGAAAGCCGCCAGCGUGGGAAAGCCGCCAGCGUGGGAAAGCCGCCAGCGUGGGAGAGCCGCCAGCGUGGGAGAGCCGCCAGCGUGGGAAAGCCGCCAGCGUGGGAGAGCCGCCAGCGUGGGAGAGCCGCCAGCGUGGGAGAGCCGCCAGCGUGGGAGAGCCGCCAGCGUGGGAGAGCCGCCAGCGUGGGAGAGCCGCCAGCGUGGGAGAGCCGCCAAGAUAUAUGA